CACGCACUCUGCAACUGGUGGAGCAAGUAAGCGUUUCUUGCAUCGCGAGGAAGAUUGGAAUUCGUACUUUGUCCAACGGAAGUUACAGCAAGAGACUUCCCCGAUAAUUCGCGAUAAAAAUGGACUCUUUUGAGAACCGUCAUCAAUGGCGUACUUUGACAUACCUCUCAACACCUCCAUCCCAGCAAGUUGGUGCUCAACAAAUGAAAGAUGCCAUGGUCUUUGGAUGAAUUUUGCGCAUCUCACAGGGGAAGCACCUGGGAGCAAUUACCAGCAUCGUCUGUCGCCUUUUUGAAAAAGUUAGACCUGACCACCAUACAUCCGUACUGUCAGAACGCUUCCGCCUUUUUAGAGGACCCAGCGAUUCCUUCUAUGGGACCACUGAGAGAACCAGUCGAUGACACAACAAUCGAAGCCCUUGUUACAUUUGCGUAUGCUAAGCUUGUUCCCUUCUGUGGCUUUCUUGAUCUUUGGAUUCGUCUUGUUUCUGGUUUCCUGGCUCCAAUAGGUGUGAUGAUGCUUAUAUUGGAAAAUCAAGGCUCGAGCGUUGGGAAAAGGAGCCUACAUACGCACACGCCACAUCACUGGAAUUCUAUUGUUAUCACUUUUUGUUCCAUGAUCGUGAUGGUCGAUUCGAUGUAUGUAAAUGAAUUUGGCUGCUACUACGGGGCCACACUGUUUCUUUUGGCCACGGUUCUGUCCCUACGGAUUGCAGUACAACGACGGUUGGUAAAAAGUCAAAUUGUUCUAUUCCUUCUCAUUUUCUUGGCGUUAUACUUGACCUUUGACUGGCGACGAUUCGAAUUUCAGUUUGGCGACCCGUUUGAUGUAAACCGCACGGUGGAAAGUGGUCUUUAUUACAGUUCACAGAAUGGCCUCAUUCACGACGCGGUUUCGCUCUGGCCCGAACACCGGUACUUGUAUUCGGCAGCAACUGGAGCGACGCCAUGGAUGCUUACCGGCGAUGUUCGCACUGGAUUGCCCUUUUAUCUUAACUACAUACCCGACCCAUUUUGGACACGAGUAUAUCUACCGACCGCGGAUGGCGAAGUCUUGGCUCUUGACAUAGCCUUUCCCGAAAACGGGCACAACGCAUCUAAACCUUUAUACCUGAUUCUGCAUGGCGUCAACGGAGGGAGCAAGGAAACGUAUGCAACAGAUUUGACGUGGAGAAGAACAAGGGACGGUUCCACCGUUAUCAUUAUGAUUUCGAGGGGGCUGAUGGACGUUCCCAUGAGAGGGUGGGAUUUGUUUCACGGCGCACGUUGGCAAGAUGCGCACACGACAGCUCUCCGUUUACGGCAAGCUAUGGAUGGCGGUGAAAAUCAUAUUCUGGCUGGCGUGGGAUAUUCCAUGGGUGCUAUUGUGCUGAACAACUAUGUCGCGUCGGCGGGGCCCGACUGUGCCUUGGAUGUGGCCUUUUCUAUUUCUGGUGCCCUCGAGUGUCGGAACGAACAGUACUAUCGUCGUGCCAUGCGUACCUGGGAACCUAUGAUUGCCGAAAAUAUUCGCUCCACGCAGCACUUGCGGAAGUGGGGACAGAGGCUUCGAGCUCGCCUCGGCCGAGAUGCCUUCCGUUCACUGAUGAGAGCCACGAAUAUUGUAGAGCUGGACAAGUAUACGGCGGUAGCAUAUAAUCGGUUCCGAGACUUGAACGACUUUUACUCUCAGAUGGGUGCCUUGGGUGACAUCGCUUGGAGCGACUUGGACAAGACGCCGUCCAAAAUUGCUUCAGCAAAGGUGUUCAACAUUUCAAUUCCUCUCUGUGUCAUGCAUGCAUUUGAAGAUCCUAUCAGUUCAUGGCGAACGGUUGCGGCCAGCGACGGAUUCCUAGAACCCAACAAUUUAGUUCAAACCGGCGAAGGAAACCUUGUCCUGCUGCUCACGGAAAAAGGAGGUCAUGUAGGUUGGCCUAUAGGCUGGUUACCGUUCUUAAAAAAGUGGGAAUUUAUGAACGAGGCUGCCGCAAGCUUUGUCGACGCUGUCGCUGAAGCGAAGCGUAUAAGAUAUGGAAAAUUUCCAGAAGUCAACAAGUAGAAUACUUUGGAGUACUGAAAUGAAACGGGCCUUGGGUUUAAAUACGGCUAGUAUCCACUUAAUACU